AAAUAAUUAAUAAUAAGAUCCGUUAUGUUGUGAUGUAAUAUCUCUGACUUUUGGUGUUAUGUUUUCGUUCGAGUGAAAGGUGAAACUCAACGGGUUAUUAUGAAAACAAAUGUUAUUGUCGUUUCGUGUUAAGGGGUGUAGCUGUUAAAUUGUAAACACGUGGGUGUCCUGAAGGUGGUGCUCAUGCGAUCUAGCUAGUCAUAAACUGAAAAUGGCUGAGGGUGGCACGUCUGCCGAGCUAAAUAAAAUAAAGAUGUCAGCGAAAGAAGAGGACAAAGAAGAGCACGCAGCAGGAACUGGAAAUAAAGAACAAGUAUUUGAAGGCCCACAGAUUCCAGAAUGUGCAGUUUGUCUCCAAACGUGUAUACACCCCGCCCAGCUUCCUUGUGGACAUAUCUUCUGCUUCCUAUGUGUAAAGGGUGUUGCCAAUCAGAGCAGAAAAUGUGCAAUGUGCCGUCAGGAAAUUCCACCAGAUUAUUUGGAAAAACCUCAGCUUGUCGAAGUCAGUGGACUAGAAAAGGAGGCUGUUAGCUUCGAUGAUGGGUACCAGUGGUUUUAUGAAGGAAGGAAUGGUUGGUGGCAAUAUGAUGAACGGACCAGUCACGAAUUGGAGACAGCUUAUAAGAAAGGGGAAAGGAUUUGUGAAUUGCUCAUAGCAGGCUUCCUUUAUGUAGCUGAUUUUGAUGACAUGCUGCAAGUUCGACAAAAUGACCCGUCCAGGCGGAGACGUAUAAAACGUGAUCUCGCUACCAUUCCAAAGAAGGGUGUGGCUGGGCUUAGACUUGGAUCUGGCACAGGAGAAGAUCGCCCGAAGAGUCCCACGCCCCAAUCCCUAACUGCCACAGGACAGAGUGAUGGUGCAACCACACCUGUGCCACCCACAAAUACACCACAGACUCCUGCUGGUGGUGCAACCAGUGGAAGCACCACACCAGACAGACACCUUUCAUUACGACGUGCUAUAGAGCAAAUACGGAUCCUCAGUGUGCGCCACCAUUCUUCCUCAGAGAGCAGUGGCAGUGGGGAUGAAGAUUCUGCACUCCCAGAUUUGUCUGCUGCUACUGCUGCCAUAAUUAACUUUUCUUCAAACUCAGAUAGCAGGCUAUAGCUGAUUUUUUGAACUCCAUAGAAUAAUUAUUAAGUUCUUUUUUCCUUGCCUUUCUCUGUAUCAUAUGGAACUUGACUGUGAUUGUAAAUGAGCAACGAUUUGCUGUCUGUUAAGAAAACCAUCCCCCUCGUCCCUAUUUUUAUCUAUAGAUAGACAAAAUACUGUCAAAGGCAAUGCCAGAAAAGAAUGUCUUGUGAUUAGAAACAGUAUUAAACAAGGUAGUGAAUUUGUGUGUUAGCUAUUUAUUUUUGUCUUAUGUCAUAAAGUUUUGAAAUGUCCUUUAGGAGCUACUGGCAGCAUCCAAAUAACAGAGACAUUUUUAUAGAAAGCAUGAGGAUGUUUUAGAUUGAUGGUGCCACAUUGUUAUAUACGUAAUUGCUGGUGUAUGUCAAGUGGACCCAAGCUGUAAUGAACUAUAUAACUUUGAUAGAAAAAGCCGUGAAAUUAUAUUAAUACAUUAUUUUUGUCACAAAAUUUUUGCAAGUGUUGAAAUAUUAAUUGUGCCAGUGCCAUGAGCAUAGAGUUGAUAAGAUGUAAUUUCUAGAAAAUAAGGAUAGAUAUGUAUAUCAUAGUUAAAAUUUUUGGUGGAACUUACCUGUAUAAAGAAUACAACAAAGUUAGACACUAUAUGAGAAAAAUAUGAAUAAUAUUCUCAUUAUUUUAGUUAAUCACUCUUCUCUUUAUUUGGUUAUCUCCUGUUGUCCAGUAUUCAAUAUGAAUGUCAGUUCCAAGUAGUUUUACAGUUGCAGUGAUUAUGAUUUGUCUUUGAAAAUGAGAGAUUUCUAAUAUUUUAAAAUGCAUUUGGAGUGUUACUGUUUAAUUUAGAUAAUGUUGUAACUUUUUCUUUGUGUUCUUGGUUUAUUUUGUUAUAAACUCUGUAGGAUGGAAAGCAAUUUCACAAGUGAAAGUGUAAUAUUCUGGAACUUUGUUUAGUGGUAUGAGCAUGAAUUUGUCAGAAGAAUCUCAUUGUAGUCUGUGAUCAUUUCUUCCCACUCCUAAAAUAAUUUGGUUAAAUGGUUGUCACAUCAAUUUUUGUAGCAUUAUUUCUGUUCUUUCUUUCCCUGGGCAUCAGAGACCAAAUCAAAAUAUUGUCCUUUAUCUAAUUAAGUAAGGCUUCUCCAGACUCUGUCUUGAUGCAGAGCCUGUAGGGAAUUUACUGAUUUAAACACUCAGCUGAAAAAUAAUUUUACAAUAGGUUUAUAAAUUUAAUUUUUUGCUACACUGUUAGAUGCACCCAUUAUGCAAAACAGAAUACAUAUUUAUAAGAUCAGGAAAUAUAUCUAAAUUGAGCAUGAGAUGAGGUCAGACAGAAAAUUCACUAUUUGGAAUCAUUUGGUGUUGUCUAUAGCAAAUUUAAGUCCUACCUUUCAGAAGCAAGUAAUCUUUAUUAAAGAGAUUUAGCCUUUCUGAAGAGAAAAAUAUAAUUGUGAAGUGUUAAUAAACCACACUAGAAAACAUUAGGAAUCAAGUACACCACUCAAGGCUUUAAUUUAUUAGCACGUAACUUUUGGAGCAUGAACAAAGAAUGGCCACGAUUACCAGGGAAGGGAAUAAAUUAGAAUAUAGGUGCGAGCUUACACUUUUUCAAAUAAAAGUUCUGAACUUUUUGUUAACACAUUUUAUUCACGAAGUGUUGUGUCCAUAACAUAAUUUUUAUUAUAACAAGAGCGUAAUAAAAGAUAUCCGUUUUACAGAAAAUUUGAAAAUUACCUCUUCUGAAUAUGGAGAUGGCAUAUUAGGCAAAUUACAUGUAGAUCAUUUUCAUAAAUUUGUGCAUGUUUCCACUCCCAAUUAACCCACAGAUUUUGCCUUUGAAAUUCAUUCCCUUGGCAUUAAUUUAUUUGUUUCUUAAUAACAUGCUUAUUAACAUACAGUUUAUCUAUUAAGUUUUAGGUCUAAUCUUAUAAAAAAUAUUUGUUGUAUGGAUAUGGAAAUUCUUUGGUUGCUUACGAAUAUGUAAAACCUAUUUUUUUAUAUUGUUCAGUGAUUUGGAGAUCAUAAAGCUGUUGGUCAUACGUGCAAGAGUCAUGCUUUGUGGCAAUAAUAUUGUCAUGAAAUGACUUCCUCCUCAGACAGGAGUGGCAACUUAUGAAGAUGGUACAAAAAGUAAGAUAACAAGCUCUCAGCAAAAAAUGGUUAUUCAAAAAACCAAAGGGAGACACGAAGUUAUUGACAUAGUGCACACAGUUGUCCAAGCAUUUAUUCUGUUGGUAAACCACUCUGUUAAAACUGUCAGGGUCCUGGUGUAGGGAGCAUCCUGAAUGUCAACAAUCGGAAGAUAUGAAAAUCACUUGCUGUGAGAUACAGGCGCUAGGAAUCGUGUUCCAAUACAGUCCAUUGGAAAUGCCAGGUCAAAUCACGUGUAACCAAGGUUGUAUACAAAUAAAAUAGAAAGAAACUGCCACAUGGGAAAAUAUAUUAAAAACAAAGAUUCCAAGACUUACCAAGCGGGAAAGCGCCAGCAGACAGGCACAAUGAACAAAACACACACACAGAAUUACUAGCUUUCGCAACCGAUGGUUGCUUCUUCAGGAAAGAGGGAAGGAGAGGGAAAGACGAAAGGAUGUGGGUUUUAAGGGAGAAGGUAAGGAGUCAUUCCAAUCCUGAGAGUGGAAAGAAUUCCCUUAGGGGGAAAAAAGGAUGUGCGGAUGGAUAUGUGUGUGUGUGCGAGUGUACACCUGUCCUUUUUUCCCCCUAAGGGAAGUCUUUCCGCUCCUGGGAUUGGAAUGACUCCUUACCCUCUCCCUUAAAACCCACAUCCUUCUGUUGUGCAUACUAUCCGCUACAUUCCCAAUAGAGAUGUUGAGUUUUUGUACAGUCUGUCUCACAGGAAUGCAGUGGAUCAGCUAGAAUCAGUCCUUCAAUACUCUACAGAUUGUCACCUGAGGUGGAUGUGCUUGGUCACCUUGAUCUUUGCUCAUCUCGCACAUCUGUUCUGUCUUUACCAAAUUCCUUGCACCAAAACUAUACUUGUUUUGGUAGAUUGCACUUGCUCCAUAAACGUCCACUAGUUUAUGAAGAAUAGAAGCAAGAACAUUUUCUUUAAACCAAAAACCUUAUUACUCUUCGCAUUCCAUUCACCGACCAUAUAACAAUAUGCCUUCAUUUCGAAACUAAUUCAGAGUGCAACAAUGCAGGUACUUCCAGUUACUGGUGACUUUUGAAAGCUUUGAUGCUCUCUUGUAUGUAGACUGAAAUUUUAAUUUGCACGAGAUACUUAUAUAUCUGAGAGAGCUCUUUUUGCCUAUGUAUUGGACCAUUCUCAUACUUUUUGAAAGUUGUCACUUAAAAUGAGUUACAUUCUGAUUAUGAGUCUCCCAUGAAAUAUGAUCUCUCCUGUAUGAGUUGGAGAAAACUUCCCAGGACAGAAGAAGGGAUGUUAAGAUAUGUUUGUGAAGAGUGAGUUACUGUUAGCCCCCCAGAAUCCAAAAAUAAUUUAUUGUGGUUCAGUACACUGCAGAUGCCUCAUGCAUGGAAGUUCUUCAUUAAGUUUCUUCAAAGAAUUCUACAACUCUCAAUACACUUGGAUGAAGUUGAUGAUGAUGCUUAUUUGUAUGAUAGUACUCUCACCAAUAAUGGACAGUCACGAGUGUUUAUACUGUAUUAUGAAUCUCCAGUACGCAUCAGACGUAGCAACUGCUGAAAAUUAUUUGUUGCAGAAGGGUAAAAUUACACUUGAAAAAGUAUUUAUUUACUUAAUUCCAUACAUCAAGAAAGCUGGUUGAUUAAUUAAAUAUCUGUAGAUCAAAAAUAAAUAGUAUUAUGUGGGUUGAGAAAUUGAGGAGAUUCUCUAUCGUGUUGGUAAAAAAAGGAACAUUUGGAAAACACUGGCAAGGAGAGAUUGGACACGUGUUAUGGCAUCAGGGAAUACCUUUGUGGUACCACGGGGAGAAAUAUAGAGGAUAAAGCCUGUAGAGAAAGACAAAGAGUGGAAUAAAACCAGUAAAUAAUUGAGGAUGUAGGGAACAAGUGCUACUUUAUGAUGAAGAGGUUGGCGCAAGAGAAGAAUUUGUGGUAGACCACAUCAAACAAACCAUCAGGCUGAUGUCUCGGAAAAAAAAUUAAACUUAUUUUAGAAACAGAUACAAACAUUUUAAAAACAUAUCUAAGAAUAUGCUGGCCAUGUACAAGAUUCAUUUGAAUGACUGACUGAAAUAUCACUGCAAAGGUGUAAAGCUAAUGAGUGCAUAUAAAUGCAAAGGAGUUACUAGUGUGGAGAGGGGAGGGGAAGGGGGGGGGUGAAGUACAUAGUCGCAAAGAAUGUUGUAUGAUUUAGUAGUGUUAUGGAAUCAAAGUGAGAAAGAAUCUGAUGCUGACACACAGCCCACUCAUCUCAAUGUAUGUUGCUGUGUCUAACACCCCAUUCAAAAGACAGACGAUAACCACCAGUGUUUUAUGUCUUCUCUCAAAAAUACACUGCCAGAUGGUUUGAAUGCAAUUCAGAUUUGACAAAGAGUCAGAUGAGCAAGAACCGUAAGCUGCCAUCAACUCCCCUCCCCUUACCAGCUAUAUUGUAGUUACAAAAAUUUGUUCCAUAAUGAGACUUGGAAACGUAGAGAAUGUAUCCUUUCAACCUUCUCCAAUCGGCCUCUUUUGUACCCAAGGAAGGAACUAAUAUUUUUGGAAGCGGAGGUAGUCAUUUGUACUUUCAUGCUUGUCUUUCGGCGGUACCAAGAUUUUUGCACAUAAAGGUAAUUACUAGCCAGCAACUCUGCCAUGGGCUUUUAUACUUUUCUCAAGUGAACGCACUUUUUAUACAAUUUAUUGUUAAUGUCACUGUAUCUUGCUUGUAUUUCUUUGUGUAGUGGGGUAAAUUUUAACAGAGACAACAAUGAGUUAUCAACGAACCUAUUAAACUUGUAAUAAGUACUUCCUUAAUCAGGAGAUCAGUUGCUAUGUGACAGUGGUUAUUAAUCUUUGCCAAGUAACAUUUUAUUGUAGUGCUCUGUUUUGAACUUGGCAUUUAAAUUCUUGCAUCAGCAUUAAUUGUAACGCCACGUCUCAGAGUAUGUACUUUUGAGACAAAGCAUGGUGGUAAUUGUUGAGGCAGUGGAUUAUUUUUUUCUUCUAAUCAGUUAAGAGAAUGUUAUGAUGGUUCAUUUGAAAAGAUUACAGUCAGUUCCCUUCCCCCAUCCUUGCCCUACCUGAGUUUGUGCCCCAUCUCUAACAAACCCAUUAAUUACUGGACAUUAAAUCAUUUCUUCCAUGAUGAAAAUGAUGCUAUUACCAUUGCUUAGUUUCUGAUUAUAUUUGCUUAAACCUUUUGAAUCACAUUUCUUUAAACAUCAGCACAGUUACCUAAUUAUCCAUGCUGAGUUGUCACUAAUAAUGACUGAGAUAUGCAAUGUUGGAAAGUCUUAGAUAAUUUUAAGUUGUAACACACUUGUGAAAUAUUGCAUUGGUGUCAGAGUAUAUGCCCUGUGGAUAGUGUUUAUUAAGCACUAUGAAUAAAUAACUGAAUGUGAGGCUACAAUGCAGGAAGUUGUUUGUAUUUAUUUUUCAAUGAGGAGAUCUAAACUGCAAAACAACCUAAUUUGCAAAUACGCUGUUCUUGUGUCUGUGUCGUAGUAAAGAAACUGUUGAUAUUCUUGCUAGUUCAAAUACAUGCACAAAAAUCAGUGUAUAACCUGUUUAUGUCUUCCAUCACUGCUAUUGUUAUCUAUUGAUACUACUUUUCAUAUAAGGAAAAAAUAUGAACUUUGUCUUUUUAGUUUUUUUUAGUUUUUUAUUUUGGAAAUAAGUAGUUAUUUGUGAAAUGGUAGGCUAGUUCAAUUGCUCUCUGUUGUGUUAAUUUUAAAUGUGUCAUAAUCAUGAAUUGUACAUUAUGCAUGUACACAAAUCUUUGAUAACGACUGAACCAUGUGGUAUGAAAUGAGCUUCCUAAAACUGCAAUUAGUGUUUUAUAAAUAUAAGUGUCCUUUAAAAAUGUGUGCAGCUUCUUCAGUAAUUACAAAUAAAUAUGUAUUUAUGUUGAAGAAUUUUUACUAUUAAAUGUAAUUAAUGCUCA